AUGCAAGAUGAGUUUGAAAACUCUAGUGAAAGUUCAGGUUCAAAUAUUGCUGAAGGUUCCAAUACAAAUAUUGUUGAAGGCUCUAAUACAAAUACUGAUGAAGGCCCUAAUACAAUGAAGGUUUAUGAAAUAUUAUUUAGAGUUUUAAAGGUAAUUAAUCUUAUGAGUGAAGACGAUACUGACAACGAAGCUGAAGCCGAUCCUAUUCAUGAAUAUAAAGCCGAUUCUGAUAACGAUAACCAAGCUACUUUUAAUAGUGAAAGUAAAGACGAUUAUUAUAAAGCAGAGGAAAUUAAUUAUAUUAAUGAUUGGGCAUAA